AUGAGAAUAAGUGCUACCAUUAGCCUUGGACAGCCCGUGUACGACAAUGAGUCCUCCAAGAGCGCGGAUGACGACCAACCUCCGGCAAAACGACGCAAGGUUUAUCAACCCAAAGAACGCACAACCGAAUAUUUGAACUACCUGAAUAAGGAGGACAAGGAUAUGACAGAAGCGGAGAGGGCUCAGGAAAAGAGGCUGGUUGCGGCGUUGAGGAAAAAGAAGAAGAUUGUCGUCAUUGCCGGCGCGGGUAUUUCCGUGUCGGCGGGCAUUCCUGACUUUCGGUCGUCUUCUGGUCUUUUUGCGCGUGCCAAGAACCAACACAAGCUCAAAGGCUCAGGCAAGCACCUGUUUGACGCGUCUGUCUACAGACAUGAUUCCUCGACGCAGCAUUUCCACACCAUGGUGCGGGAAAUGGACGAAUUGUCCAAGAAGGCGACUCCCACGGAUUUCCAUCGUCUGCUCGCGUCAUUGGCCCAGGAAGGACGACUGCUGCGGCUGUACUCUCAGAACAUCGACGGCCUCGACGCAAACAUGGAGCCGCUGGCGACCGAGGUACCAUUGCCUCUCAAGGCUCCCUGGCCGGCUACCAUUCAGCUCCAUGGUGGGUUGCAGAAGAUGGUUUGCAGCAAAUGUGGCCACCUGGCACCAUUCAACAGGGAGCUGUUCGACGGCCCCGAGGCUCCAUUGUGCGAGGCAUGCACAGUCGACGACCAAGUCCGAACAAGGCAUGCAGGCAAACGAAGUCACGGAAUUGGACGUCUAAGACCGCGGUUCGUGCUUUACAACGAGUAUAAUCCCGACGAAGAAGCCAUUGGCAACGUUUCGAGUGCCGACCUGAAGGCCCGACCGGACUGUGUCAUUGUCGUCGGAACUACUCUCAAGGUCCCGGGCACGAGGAGACUGGUCAGGGAAAUGUGCCAGGUGGCAAGGGGCCGAAGGGAUGGCCUCACAAUCUGGAUCAAUACCGACGCAGAACCCAAGGAUGCGCUGUUCAAGGACUGCUGGGAUCUCGUCGUCCGCUCUCCGUGCGACAAAGUGGCUCAACUCGCAGCGCUGCCCGAAUGGGACUGCGACAUUGGCAACGACUUCCUGGUGUCUGCGGAACAGGAUAGCCAAAACCAAGAGCGGCUCAAGAACACCAAGCUUGAGGUUGCGCUCCCCUCCAGCUCGCCAGAUCUCCACCAUGACCUCGGCCCAGAGGCCAUUCCCACGCCACGACCCAGCCCCAAGCUCGCGGCCAAGAAACAAGUCAAACUCCCUCUCGGAAGAGAGCCUCCGCAGAAUGACAAGCAGACCAAGGCAGCGAAGCCCCGCUCCAGGAAGACGAAGCAGCCCGCCAAACCCAAGGCACCUCCCAAGAAUGUGGUUACAGACCUGUUUAAAACUGGUAAAAGCUUCUCUCAGGGGAGCAAGGACGGAAAACCUUCCCGCACGCCAUUACCAUCGGCUCCGAAUCGAAAGGCUAUCAAGGCUGAGCCUCAGAGCUACUCUUCUGCCACUCCACUGAGCGCGUCAAACGCUCUACCUCCUUUCAAUUCGGCUGCGCCCACGCAGCAAUACAGCCUCAAGAGGCCAAGGGAAACGAUAUCUCCCAAAUCUGUGCCCCAGGGCAUGCGCAAUAUCAUUGAUUGA